AUGCCGCCCCCAGUUUGGCUCUACCUGACCGCGCUUCUCCUGCCCCUGCCCGUCCCCGGGCUUUGGGGUCCCUGCCCCCCACCCUGCCGCUGCCCCCGGCCCGGGGACCUGCACUGCCGGGAGCCCGGGACCCUCAGCAGUCUGGGUCGGCUGCUGCCCUCCGGGGGCUUCACCCACCUCAUCAUCGAGAACCAGCAGAUGCUGACGACCUUGACCCGGGCUGACACCAGGUUGCUGCGGGACCUCAGGAGCCUCACCAUCUCCAGGUCAGGACUGCAGCACAUCUCUGCUGAUGCCUUCCUGGACACCCCCAGACUCAGCCACGUGAAUCUCUCCUUCAAUGCCCUCCAAAGUCUCUCCUGGAAAACCUUCCAACAUCUGCCCCUGGUGGAGCUGGUCCUGGUGGGGAACCCCUUGAACUGCUCCUGUGGGCUACGCUGGCUCCAGCUCUGGCACAACGGGAGCCGGGCUGGGCUGGGCAACCAGUCCCUGGGCUGCUGGGAGGGACCAGUACUGGUCCCACUGGGCAACCAUCCCCUCCAUCCCUGUGAACCCCCGAGGGUCCACAUCGACCCCCCCGAGGUGGUCCUGCGCCAAGGGGACAGCAUCAACCUCACUUGUCACAUCGCUGCCGAGCCACCAGCCACGGGGGAGUGGGUGGUCCCGGAGGGGGGACCCGAGCUGCCCACUGUCACCAAGAUCUCAGCCUGGGAAAUCGUCCUGGAGCUCAGCAACGUCUCCUCCAGACUGAACCACAAGGACCUGACCUGCAGGGCUGAGAAUGCUGUGGGGCUGGCAGAGGACAGCGUGAGCCUGAAUGUCACCUUCCCCCCCAUCAUCCUGCUCCUGCAGGAAGCCAUCCCCCAGCACUUCUGGUGCAUCCCCUUCUCAGUGGAUGCCAACCCCCUCCCCAGCGUGCGCUGGCUCUUCAAUGGCUCAGCUCUUCCCGAGGGUCCCUACAUCCACACCCGGGUGGUGGAACUGGAGCCCAACUCCACCGUGCUCCAUGGCUGCCUCCAACUCAACCGUCCCACCCACGUCAACAAUGGCAACUACACCCUCCUGGUCCACAACCCCUUGGGCUCGGCCGCCCGCAGCGUCCAGGGACGCUUCAUGGACAACCCCUUCAGCUUCAGCCCCGAGGAGCCCAUUCCCGUGUCUCUGUCUCCGCUGGGCCCCAGUAACAACUCCCUGGAGGGGCCGGUGGAGACGACGGAAGAGCACACGUUUGGGAUCUCGGUGGCCGUGGCUCUGGCUGUGUUCGCCUGCCUCUUCCUCUCCCUCAUGCUCAUCGUACUCAACAAGUGUGGGCACCACUCCAAGUUCAGCAUCAACCGCUCGGCAGUGCUGGCCCAAGAGGAUGACCUGGCCAUGUCCCUGCACUUCAUGACCCUGGGCAGCAGCCCCCCCUCCUCCUUGGCCGAGGGCAAGCUGGGGGGGCUGAAGAGCAACUUCAUCGAGAACCCUCAGUAUUUCUGUGACACCUGCGUGCACCACGUCCAGCGUCGGGACAUCGUCCUCAAGUGGGAGUUGGGUGAAGGAGCCUUUGGGAAGGUGUUUUUGGCUGAGUGCUACAACCUCCUGCCCGAGCAGGAGAAGAUGCUGGUGGCUGUGAAGGUGUUGAAGGAAGUGACAGAAAGUGCCCGUGUGGAUUUCCAGCGGGAGGCAGAGCUGCUGACAGUGCUGCAGCACCAGCACAUCGUCAAGUUCUACGGUGUCUGCACCGAGGGGGAGCCCCUCCUGAUGGUCUUCGAGUACAUGAAACACGGGGACCUCAACCGAUUCCUCAGGUCCCACGGUCCCGACGCGGCGAUGCUGGCGCAGGGGCAGGGGCAGGGGCUGGCGCUGGGCCAAAUGCUGCAGAUCGCCGUCCAGGUGGCCUCUGGCAUGGUUUACCUCGCCUCCCUCCACUUCGUGCACCGAGACCUGGCCACCCGCAACUGCCUGGUGGGUCACGACCUCCUGGUGAAGAUCGGGGAUUUUGGGAUGUCCCGGGACAUCUACAGCACCGACUAUUACCGGGUGGGGGCAGGACCCAUGCUGCCCAUCCGCUGGAUGCCCCCCGAGAGCAUCCUCUACCGUAAGUUCACCACCGAGAGCGAUAUCUGGAGCUUCGGCGUGGUGCUCUGGGAGAUCUUCACCUACGGGAAGCAGCCCUGGUACCAGCUCUCCAACACCGAGGCCAUCGAGUGCAUCACGCAGGGCCGGGAGCUGGAGCGGCCCCGCGCCUGUCCCGCAGAGGUUUACUCCAUCAUGCGGAGCUGCUGGCAGCGCGACCCCCACCAACGCCAGCCCAUCCAGGAGAUCCACGACCACCUCCAGGCCCUCCUCAAGAGCCCUCCCAUCUACCUGGACAUCUUGGGAUGA